UAUAAAUGCGUCAAUUGGUAUAAGUGUUGGGAGUAUAUUGGGGGUUGAAGUUUAGUGAAGGGUUGCGGGUAUUGUUGGGGGUGAGUGAGGUAGUUAGUGCCUGGUUGUUAGGCUCCCUGGCCCUCUACCUCACUAAUGGCCUCUCAUAAACCCAGUCUGAGAGGCAGCUUCCAGAGGAUCUGUCCCGAGUGUCACAACAGUAUUAAUGUUGGUCGGCACAUCUGCAAUUGUGGUUAUAGUUUCAUUGAAGCAAAACUUAAAGUUGAACGGCAAAAGGAAGCCCGUCAGCUGGAGAUUGGAAAGAGGGCUGCUGACAGCAGAACGCUUGCCAGGGCAUUUAGUGCUAUUAAGAGGAAUAGUACCAAAUUGAGAGGAGGUGGUUACAAUGUUGCAACCUUCUAUUAUAAAGUAUGCAAUCAGAGGACGAUAAGUGGAGUUCUACCAGGAAGUGGCCUCGCCGAUAAUGAUGAGAAAAAUUUGACUAGAUUGUUUAUUCUUGCACAUGGUGCCCAACAGCACGAUCAGCCUGAAGAGACACAGUCAUCAAAAGUGCUAAAGGCGGCAGGGAAACGUCAAGGAAAAAAAAUUAAAGAUCAUGAGAAGGAAAAGUCGGAGAAUUGUAGUUUCUCUGAAGAACAAAUUAGUGAAAGAAAGGAAGAUGCACUGCAAGAUAUGCCACCGCUAAAAAUUCAACCACUGAAGAGAAAACGGCAAGGAAAAAAGAACCAAGACUGUGAAAAGGAGAAGAAGAAUUUUAAAUUCGCUAAUGAUGAGUUGGAACAAAAUUUGCAAUAUAUGGAGUACAAGGCAGCAUUUAAGAUGGCUAAGAAUUAUAUGGCUAAACUAGAGGCAGCUUUAGCAGCUAGCGAGAAAGCAGAACCCAAGAGAACCUAUCUGUGGGAUCACAGAGGCAGACCACCUGCUAGGAAAUCCAAAGCUAAAGGCCCAUCCUCAAAACCUCUUCCGGUCAAAACUUUCAUUAUGGAAUCUUCCAUGCCAGCUGAUGAUGACGACAACGUCGAUACAGCCUCAAGUGAUGAUGCACACGAGUCUUCAGGAAAUGCAGAGCCAUCAUUAGAAACCAAAUUAGAACCUGGAGAUCAGCAACAAGAAAUACAGGGACUGCAUUUUCCCUUCAAACAUAUGUUGGAUGAUUUUAUAUAUUAGCCUACUGCCUGAAAAGUUUCUCAAAGUGGUUUAUUAAACUGCAUUAAUUUUUCUUGGUUAGAAAUAUGUUGUCAAAUGAUACAAAAUUCCUGUAUGACCUGCACAGAGUUGGGUGAGGGAGUGAGGGCCAAUUUCAAAUGCAGUAGCAUCUCUAAUAUUUAAGUUAUAUAAAUCUAGAUUGAAUUUUUGUUGUUAAAUACUUUGUGCUAUAUAUCACUAGAUUUUCAUAAAUUUUCAUGCAAAAAUCAAAAUUAAAAUAACUAUAGAAUUUUGCUUUUAAUAUGCACAGUGGCUUACCCAAGGCACCAACUUCUCACAAUGUGGCAUUCAAUUAUAAAAAUCAAUAAAACUGUGAUCUAAGCUAUAUUAACCACUGCACUGCAAUAUAACUUAUUUGCUGGCAUAAAAGAUGCACUUCUAUUUUACAAGGAUAUUUUGUGGGAAAAAACUAUUUUAGUAUGUUUCAUUUUACAUGUAUAUAAAGAUAUUUUAAAAUGGA